AUGACACCCAGCAACGGGACAGAUCCCCUCCCCCCAUUCCCCGACUCGAUCCCCACGAUCCCGAUUGCCAAAAUCUCGCACCAUCUCCUCCUCGCCCAGGACAAGGAGGAGAUCUCCAAGACACUAAAGGCAUGCCAAACGGACGGGUUCUUCUACCUUGACCUGACGACCACCGAGUCCGGCAGACAUCUCAUCGAGAUGAGUGCAGAGUGUUUGGCGCUGGCGAAACGGGCCUUCGCGCUGCCGCAGGAAGAAAAGACGGCGUUCGCGAACGAAAAGGGCACGUCGAUCUUUGGGUACAAACCCAUGGGGUCGGUCAAGAAAACGGAUCUCAGUGCCGUACCGGACUCGACUGAGUUUUUCAAUAUCGCAAAGGACCACAUCCACGGCAUCACCGAGCCACGGUCCUAUCCGAGGCAGAUAAUAGAGGGCAACCCGAUUCUGGCGGAUUUCACGACGAGCGCGCAUGCCUGUGGCAUGGUGGUUCUCCAGACGCUUGCCAAUGCGUUAGGGGUGGACUCCGACCUGUUCACUUCCAUUUGCAACUUCAAGCACCCGUCAGGCGACCACGUGCGUCUGACCAGGACCGUUCCAGUCCCAGCGGAUGACAGCCGGAGGCGCAUAGGGCUCUCGUCCCACACAGACUUCGGCGCUGUGACGAUCCUGUUCAACUGGCUGGGCGGGCUGCAGAUUCAGAGCAGGGCGAAAGAGACCGAGGGCGAUUGGCUGUAUGUCAAGCCCCUGGCCGGCCACGCCAUUAUCAAUCUGGGCGACUGCAUGGUCAAGUUCACCAAUGGGGCCGUCAAGUCGGCCAAGCAUCGCGUGGUUCCAUCACCCGGACAGCAAGCCGCCGUGGAUCGGUACAGUAUUGUAUACUUUGUCCGGCCGUGUGACGACGUGCUUAUGACGCCGCUGAGGGGCUUCGAGGCGGACGAGGUCGUCAAGGUGGCUGGUAAAUUUGGCGACGACAGGCUUUACACGGCUGGGGAGUGGAACCAUGCGAGAUUGACGCAGAUGGGGGCGUAG